AUGCAGGAACGAGAGCAGUUGCUGGAGGAGUACAAAGGUCUACAGGCCAACCUGGAAGAAGCGUUGGAACUUAAGCAGAGUAACCAAACUGAUGAUGAGGUCGAUGCACUCAUUGAGGAAAUUAGAAAUGAACUGCGUGCCACUGUCACCUCUCUCAAUGCACUUGAGGUGAUUGAAGAGACUCCAGGACUGACGAAAAAAAUUGGUUCUGAUUCAACUCAGGUUAUUUGUUACGAGGAAACUGCACCAUACGAGGUGUAUUUUGAUGAAGUGGCGUGGUACAGUUGUGUUAUCACAGAGGUCAUAAAACCAGAAACUCCACUAGACCGUAUUCGUUACAAAGCGUGGAUAUUAGGUUAUAAUAUAGAAGAGGAGAUAUGUAGUGAGCAACUGCGUGUUUGGCAGCCGCAGGCUGCAGAGGGUGAAGGCGCUUUGCGCUCUGGUGUAGCAUGUCAUGCGAUUGAUCCCUCUACAGGGAAGUUCCGUCCAGCAAAGGUGGAACGCCUUACUCUGGACAACACUGUCAUUGUAGCUUUUGGCAAUGCGGUAAAGGGUACAGAUGCGUCUACAGAUGGUAAUGAUAAUAUAAAUGGUUCAAUUCAGGUUACUGUGAAAGAAGUACCUUUGUCCCAUGUACGUCUGGGUCGUUUUUACGAACAACUGCGUAAGAGGCCCUCACUUACACCAGAGGAACGUGCAAAACGACGUGCUGAAAACCUGGAGCGUAAACGAAUGCGUACACAGGCGAAACGUCAGUUGGAGGCUGAUGUGGCAGCACAGAAUGCAAACGAUUGGCAAAGACUUGUAAGUGACAUGGGAGUAGGCGGUGGUCCCAAGAAGAGAAGACGUUGA